AUGACCCAGGACGAAAGCACUAGUGGCAAAUCGAAGAAAGGACGAGUUUCCGUUGCCCAACGUCUUCAAACAAAUGCUCAACUGUCUCCUAGAUCUCAAGAUGAUCCAGAUGAAAGAGAAACAGAGAGGAAACAAAUGGAUUUGGGGAAGUACGAUAAGGCAACCAUUCGGAUAAUUGCACAAUUUUUGGAUAAUAUAGGACUGCAAAAUUCCGUUGAAGCCCUCGUUGAAGAAACUGGAUUCACAAUUGAAACGAGUGCUGGAGCGAGAAUUCGUUCGAGUAUAAUGAAAGGAAACUACGAUGCAGCUUGUGAUAUUCUGGAACAAGCAAGAGAUCUUCCACAAGAAACAUCUCAGAAUGCUGGUUAUAUCAUUCAAUGCUUCAAGUUGGCAGAUUUGGUCAGAAAGGGACGAUAUUUUGACGCACUUUUUACAAUGAAGUCUAUGGCUCCGAUCGUAUUCAGAGACGAAUCGAAAAAUAUGGAAUAUUUCGAUAGUUUUGUGAAGGAUAUCAUGUUGGGAGGAAAUAGAUAUCAACAUUUGGAUUCUGCAACUGAAAGAGAGUCUCAAUUGACAUUCCUCGAGGAACUACUUCCAUCUGAUUUUAUUCUUCCACAGAAUAGAUUAAAGUCUAUUCUAAAUAAAGUUCAUGGUCCAGCAACAGAUGAAAAAGCGUCGAAACUUCUCCGUGAUGAUACUCAAAAUACUCCAAAAGGGCCUCCAUACCGUCAAAUUCAGCUAUGGGAACACCGCAACUCUCCAAUUUAUUGUGUCAAAUUCUCAAGAAACGGAAAAUUGAUGGCGAGUGGUGGAAGGAGUAAUUUAAUCACAAUUUGGGAAACAAGAAGUGGUCAAUUGAAGAGACUCGGAGAGUUGUCAUCGAUUACAGAGGGAGAUAUCGGAUACAUGGAGUUUUGCCAACAGAAUAAAUAUAUUCUGGUUUGCGGUGGAGCCUCAUGUAAAUAUAAUCUCACCAUAUUCGACGUGGCAUCUCGUGUCGUUUGUCGAACUCUCCGUGUCGCCGUUGGUCAUGAUGAUAAUCUUGAUCUCGGAACCUACUUCUCCUGUGCUACUUUCCUCACGGAACCACUCACUAAUCGUACUCGACUCGUUGCUGGAAAUGAGUUGGGAGCUCUGAAAGUUUAUGAUCUAAAUAUUGAUUCAAAUGCUCCAAUCCGUACACAAGGCGGGUUCCGUGUCAGAUGUUUGUAUGGAAUGAAGAAUGGAGACUUCUUUCUGAUGGUUGAUGCUCUGAAUCGAGUCAGAUUAUAUUCAAUUUCGGCGGAGAAGAUGGAAGGAACAACGAUAUGUAAAGAAGAAGUCACAAUUAUAAAUAUGACAGUGCAUCCAUCUGAAAAGUUUGUUUUGACAGCUACAGAGGCUAAUCUCAGACUCUGGGAUGUUCGUAAUCAUAAUUUGGUUCGUGUUUUCACUGGAGCAUGUCAACGGGAAGAAUUCAAUAGAUACUCGAUUCAUUCUUCUUUUGGAGGAGUUCAUCAACAGUUUAUUGCAACUGGAUCCAUCGGAAAAGAAAGCGACGAAUCUCUCCGUGACAAUGAUAAAUCCAAGCGAAAGAAUGGUCGAGUUGUCAUCUGGAGUGUCGAAGAAUCUCGUCCGAAAUUCGAAUUGAUUGGUCAUAAAGGACACGUGAAUGGAGUUGCAUGGCAUCCAAGAGACCCAACAAUGCUUGUCAGCUGUGGUGAUGAUUCAACAAUUCGUGUUUGGUCUCUCAAUCGAUCCGAGACUUCUGAUUACUCUCAAGUCAUUCCACGUCGUAUUCCACGCAGUCAGAAGAAACAGAAGACUGAACCGAAAGUUACAGAACCUGUACUCAAUACGAAACAAGAAUUGAUGAGAAGUUUGAGAGAACAAAUCAAGAAUAUGAGCACUAAAAAUGAUUUUGAAACCGAUUUGAAGAUGGAACAAUUGUGGAUUCAGAGAGCUAAUCACCCGAAAUGGGCGAUUGAUGAGGAAGUUCCUCAACCCAUGUAA